AUGACAGAUACCUCCUCCCUCGCCAUCACGCACGCCACAACGGAUUCCUAUCCGGUCCACGCCCAUCGCGGCUCCCCUGCCGCCGUCGACGGCGCCGCCUCUGACUCCGGCGCACCCGAUGAAGAACCUUACACCAUCAAAUGCAUUUGCUCGUUCGAUGAAGAUGAUGGCAACACGGUCUUCUGCGAAGGGUGCGAGACAUGGCAGCACAUCCUCUGCUACUAUCCGGAUAAGAAAGUACCAGAUGUGCACAACUGUGUCGACUGCGAGCCACGGCCCCUUGACAACCGUCGUGCCAACGAACGACAGCGGCUGCGGCGGAUCCGAGAGAAAAGCGAGGACGGUGACCGGAAGUCAAGGAGGUCUGGUCCCAAAACACAGAAGAGAAAGUCCAAUGAUGCCGAUGUGAAUACAUUCGAAAGCAAGAGUGUCUCGCCGCCCAUCGGUUUCAACAGGUGGUGUUUCGGCUCCCCGGGUCUGUCGACUGAGUCGCGAAACCGUCGGUCCUCCACAUCGGUUGCGAUGAGCCCAACGGGUAUCCCUGGCCCUCCUAUCCCUCAUUACUCGGACGAAUUUCUCUCUCUUUACGACCGCGAUGAUCAAUUUGUUGAAUCGAAGACUAUUCUCAAUUACGGCGUGGAUUUUGUCAAUGAAAUUGUUGCAUGGUUGAAGGACCCACAGAUCUUGGCGCGAGUUGCCGAUGGAAUCAGUGUUGAAGACUUCGCCAAACGAUCUGAAGAGGCCAUGGAUCGGUCUCGCUGGCCCUCAUUGACAACGGAAACCAUCACGGACUCGACAAUUGAGAUCGGUGGUAAGCACCCAAUGCACAAGAUCUUGAAAACAAAGGAUCCUGUUCAAAAGGAUGAUAUUGUGGGUGAAAUCUUUGGCAAAUUAGGCCACGUCAAGGACUACAAAAAGCUCGACAGCAACCGAUGGGAGGAAUUGGGGCACGCCAUGCCGUUCGUGUUCUUUAACCGGCAGCUCGACUUGUACAUCGACAGUCGUCAGGAAGGAAACGAGCUUCGCCACGUCAGGCGGUCAUGUGAUGCCAACGUUUGGUUAAAGAUCUAUAUCACCAAUGGCCGACAGUACCAUUUUUGUUUCGUCGCCAAAAGAGACAUUCCUCCAGGCUCGGAAAUUACUACCAUGUGGCAUUUCGAUGAAUCUUUCUUUCCUUGCGACGCGACAGUAAAGGAGGAGUUCAAGGACAGGGUGGUAGAUCCGAAGGACGCCGCUAUUUGCAUUAGCGCCACACUGGCCAACUUUGGCGGUUGUGCUUGUGGAAAUCCUCAAACUUGCGUACUUAACAAGCUUGAUCGUCGCGCCAAGCCCCCUGGAAACAAGCGCGUCAAGGCCAGGCUGAAGGGCAAGGGCAAGAAGUCAAAAUCCCUCGGUCUUUCUACUGAUAUCGGUCGCGCUGGCAGUGAGACCAAGCAUCCUGAAGAGCAUGACCCCGCAGCCGACGCCCGAUCAACUUCUGGUUCCGCACGUGGUCGACAUACUGGCAGUCGUGAUCUUAGCCCCACGGCUCAGCUAACACUGCCAGAGCUCUCCAGUCGCGAAAGACGCAAGAUAGCGGAUGCGGAAAAGCAGUUCCAACAGUUGGAGCAGCUUGGAACUAAUCCCAAAAGGAAAAAGCGUUCUAUCGGGCCUUCGACACAAUCUACCCCUAAAACAGUCUCGAGCUCAACCCAAACUAGUGACGACUUUAAACCUUACCACGAGCCUGGCCCGUCUCGAACCUCUGAAAUGGCAGGACAAUCGUCCCGGCGUCAAGUCAAUUAUCUCGACGCUCAGACUGAACUUUACGCCCAUGACGUUGAGCGCUCGUUCUUGCGCGCAGAACGUUUGAAACGAGGAUAUAGACUCGACAUGAUCCAUCCAUCACUUAUGCUUAAGAUUCGGUGGUGCGCGGGACACCACAUGGGAGCGGACUGGGCCCAGCGAAAUGCAUGGGAGGCCGGCGACUUCACUGUCGUGCCAUCUGGAGUCCUCCCCUGGUGGUAUGGGUGGUUCCCCCUCCCAAUCGACGACAGGUCUCAUAUUGAGUUACUCAGGGAAGAUUCCGACAGAAUGGGAUUACCUCCCGAUCACGGCCCCCUUGCGAUGCCCCCUCGGUGGUCUUUCCACCAAUCCAAGUAUCCCCAGCCUGAAUUCAAAUACCAUGGCAUUGCGAUCAAAGGAAUGCAUUACGAUCCUCCGGCGCGACCUGUCCAAGUUGACAUUGAUAUUCAGGGUGCUGCCCUCUCUUACAAACCGCAAUUCUCCGCGUUUGGGUCUAGCAAUGGUCCACUCAAGCCGCCACUUCCGCCUUAUUGGCCAUCUAUUGCAGCGCAUACAUUCAGGAUUCCCGGGACUGGCAAUCGUGGCAAUCGUGGCAAUCUGCAUGUUUCCAUGCCCCAACCAAAGGCCUCGAACAUCCAGUCAGCGCUUAGUCCUAGUUCCAUGUCGACAGGGAGCCUCGCAUCACCUAGUUCUCAUGACACCGCUUCCCCAAUUUCUCUCGUGCCAUCUUCUGGCUCUGCACUCGCAGCCACCCCUGCCAAGAAGAAACUCAGUCUUGGCGAUUAUCUGAUUCGACGUGGCACAAUGGCGACUACCCCAACUUCGGAGCCAGCUCCUGCCCCAGCUCCUGGUCCGCCUCCUGGAGAUUCUCGUCUACGCACCCAACAUUUUCUGGCCAUCACGACGGUGUUUGGUGAUAAUCAUCAACCUCCCCGCAAACCUGAACCUGGGGGUGACAAGAACGAGCCCUCUGACUCUAUGGAUAUCUCUAUGGAGGAUGCACCGGAGACAACACCCACCAAAAACCCGUCUAUCUCUUCGUAA